CCCGCCCGCCCGCCCGCCCGCGCCCUUUGUCUUGGAGCCUUGCGCCGCGGUCCUUUCCCCCUGUCCGAAUCCGCCUCGACGUGUCCGCCUCCUCCCUCCCUUCCCUCCCUUCCCUCCUCGUGCGCUCGCCUUUUGGUGCGCUCUUGGUAUCUGUGCUCUUCCUCCCGUGCCCCUCGUCCUCCUCGUCUCUGCCACGCUUCCUUCUUCUUGUCUUGCUUGCUACCCCGGCCGCACUCUUCUUCUCUCGGCUGACGCCGCCAUUGCACGCGAGAGCUGUGCGCGGCGGAGCGUGACGAUGUCGUCAGCGGUGGAGGCCAUCUCCUGCUCCAAGGUCGACGUCCCCGCGGCGCCGGAGCCGGAGGCGGCGGCGGCGGCGGCGGUGGCGGCGGUCAAGAAUGCAGCGGCGCCAUCGGAGAACGGCGAUGCGGCGAACGGCAAGUGUGGCGAGGCGACGCCGCAUUGCCACGACGACGAGGAGGAGGAGGAGGAGGCCCCCAAGGUCAUCGACCUCGGCCCCCGGGUCAGCAUCAAGGACCAGCUCGAGAAGGACAAGGACGACGAGAGCCUGCGGCGAUGGAAGGAGCAGCUCCUCGGCAGCGUGGAUUUGAACUCCGUGGGAGAGACGCUGGAGCCGGACGUGAAGAUCAUGAGCCUGUCGAUCCUGUCGCCCGGCCGUCCCGACAUCUUCCUGCCGCUACCGGUGGAGCCCAACGCCAAGGGCGUGUGGUUCACCCUCAAGGAAGGCUCCCCCUACCGCCUCAAGUUCACCUUCUCCGUCACCAACAACAUCGUCUCCGGCCUCCGCUACACCAACACCGUCUGGAAGACCGGCCUCAAAGUUGACAGGGCCAAGGAGAUGCUCGGCACGUUCAGCCCCCAGCUGGAGCCCUACACGUACGUGACGCCGGAGGACACCACCCCGUCGGGAAUGUUUGCCCGGGGCUCCUACUCCGCCAGGACCAAGUUCCUCGACGACGACCGGAAGUGCUACCUGGAGAUCAACUACACCUUCGACAUCCGCCGGGAGUGGCCGUCGACGAGCUGAUCACAGCAGCUAUCGGCGGCGGCGAGGCCGGCCUGCUCGAGUCCCUGCUUCAACGUUGCUGUGCCGGAGCAGACCACUCGUUUCGUUUGUGUUUUUGCUCUUCUGCUGGGUUCAACGGUUCAUCCUGUCCCUGGGUUUUUAUAUUCGUCAUGUGCGUGCGUGUGUGAAUAUCGUUUCCAUUUGUCAGUUGGCUGUUGUGUUGGUAACGUUGGCAGACGGGCACGGUGAGGUCGGUCCAUCGGUCUGUGCGUGCGUGGGCGUGUUGAACUUACGUCAGGGUCUGUCUCGUCUUCGAACUGCCUGUUGAGUUCAGAGCAAUGAAUUGAAGCUGCGUUCUACGUGAUGCA